ACAUGUUGAUGACGUGCAGGUAAACAAAACGCUGAGCCAAUCAGAGAGCGGAGGCUGGGUCAGCUGACAGGUUGUGGCGUCACGUCAGAAGCUGUGUUGACAAAAUGGCAGGACACGAACAUCACCACCACCACCACUUCUCUCUGUGCUUCUGCGACUUGAUGAGGUUGCUGUGGUCCCUGGUGAUGCCCUGCGUCUACCUCAGCCUGGCCCUGACCCUGCUGCUGCUCCUGGUUCUGCUGGGGCUCCGCGUCUGGUUGCAGGGUCGCCGCAAGACCCGCCGCGCUCAGGACGGCGGCCCGGCUGUGGCUUUCUUCCACCCGUACUGCAACGCAGGAGGAGGCGGGGAGCGGGUGCUCUGGUGCUCCCUGAGGGCCCUCAUGAACCGAUACCCCAAUGUCUCCUUUGUGGUGUACACGGGGGAUAAGGGAGUGACUGGUGAGCAGGUCCUGGAGGGGGCGCGGCAGCGUUUCAACAUAACUCUACCCCGACCCGUCACCUUCAUCUUCCUGCGUCACCGCGGCCUGGUGGAGGCCGCUUCGUACCCUCACUUCACCCUGCUGGGACAGAGCCUGGGCUCCAUGUUCCUCGGGUGGGAAGCUCUCACAGCUUUUGUUCCUGACCUGUACGUCGACUCCAUGGGCUACGCCUUCACGCUUCCAAUCUUCCGCUACUUGGGAAGCUGCAAGGUGGCGAGCUACGUCCACUAUCCCACCGUGAGCACGGACAUGUUGACUGUGGUCAGAGAGAGGAACCCCAGGUUCAACAACGCGGACUUCAUCUCCAGAAACCCGGUCCUGAGCGCCGUGAAGGUGCUGUACUACUGCCUCUUUGCUCUGCUCUAUGGCCUGGCCGGCUCCUGCAGCGACGUCGUCAUGGUGAACUCCACCUGGACGCUGGGGCACAUCCUGGCCCUGUGGCGCUGCCCUGGCCGCACCAGCGUGGUGUACCCGCCGUGCGACGUCAGGGCCUUCCUGGACGUCCCGCUGGAGGGGGAGGAGGACGAAGACGAGCUGGAGGAGGACUGGGAGGAGCUGGGGGGCGAAGAGGACGGGAGAGGAAGAGCGGGAGGAGACACGAAGUGCCAGUCCAUUGUGUCCGUGGGUCAGUUCAGGCCGGAGAAGGACCACCUGCUGCAAAUCAGAGCGUUUGCCAAGCUGCUGGACAGGAAGGGGGACGGGCCCGGGGGCCGGGAGGCGCUGCGGCUGGUGCUGAUUGGCGGCUGCAGGAACCAGGAAGACGAGGACCGGGUGCUGAUGCUGCGGGGCCUCUGUCAGGAGCUCGGCGUCUCCGACCGCGUCGACUUCAAGCUCAACGUUCCCUUCGACGAGCUGAAGAGGGAGCUGGUGAGCGCCACCAUCGGCCUGCACACCAUGUGGAACGAACACUUCGGCAUCGGAGUGGUGGAGUGCAUGGCCGCGGGAACCAUCGUCCUCGCCCACAAGUCAGGCGGCCCGAAGCUGGACAUCGUGGUGCCGCACGAGGGCAGGCAGACGGGCUUCCUGGCGGACAGCGAGGACAGCUACGCCGCGGCCAUGGAAAUCAUCCUGGCACUGACGCCUUCGGCUAGGCUGGAGAUAAAACGCGCAGCGCGGGAAUCUGUGGGUCGGUUCUCAGACCAGGAGUUCGAAGCUUGUUUCCUCGCCGCCACGGAGGCUCUGAUGAGUCAGCUGGUGCGGUGAGGACGAGCGAAGGAGACCUGGUGUCCAACUGGGACUAGAGACGGCCGUCUGAGCAGAAAGCUAGCAGGCUGGAAUCCGAAAACAGAAGAAGCAGCUCAGGAAGAAUGCACCUGUCCUGAGGUGUAACUCAGGAGAGGUGCAUUCUUCUUCUCAGUGAUAUUAGUGUAAGUUACACUAAUAUCACUGGGCAGUGAUCUAAUUCCGUUUAAAACAAGCUAAGCUAACAGUUAAAGCGCAACACAGCGCCUCAUUAUUAGCUUACUUACCAGGAAAUAAGACAUUUCUACAUUAGUCAAAUUUCUCUGCUUGCUCUCCAGAUUUUCAACCAGAUAAAAAUCUCCGCUCUGUACAGACUGAGGAGAAAAAACCUAAACAUUCCCAGCGACUGUUACUGAUAUGUAAAAAUGCCUUUGGGUCGUAUGAAUGACGCCGUGUUCCAGGCUAAAGAGGUCCGUAUGUGGAUGUGUGUUUCCUGAACUGAUUGAACGAUAAUCCAGGUUGUAGUUGAAACUGAUAAAUGUUUAUGGUCAGAUUUAAAGAGGAUCAUCUUGAUAUUUGACUCAGAGAUGAAUGAAAGUUUUUGCGGUCGUUUGAUUUGUCAAUCAUCUGGUUCUCACACGUCCUGACUUCAGGAUGUGGGUCAAUCAGACUUGGUUUAUGCAACGAGGCGUUUAGUUUCCCCUUUGCUUCCAGUGUUUCUGUUUUUACUAAGCUGGACUUGGAUUAGACUCACUGUCAACUAAUCUGGGGAGAAUUAUAGGAACUGCAAAACGGAGAUUUUCCUGAGUUUCGUUCUGGGUUAUACUGUCAGUACCGACAUGAUUUUGAAGAGAAUUAUUUUUUCUGACUUCUAAAGAAAUUAAAUGGGUUAUUUAAAUAUGAUUUUUCUGUCAUUAGAGGUUAAGAGGCUUUCUCUUUUUGCUGCUUCAUGUAAUCUCUAUAGUUAUAUUUAAUAUGAAGGUUUAUCUGAGGUGACGGCCAAAUCUACCAUGUCUGAAUGUUGUUGCUCUCCUCGCAUUCCUGUUUUUGAUGGGCAUGAUAAUAUAAUAAAAGGUAUAUUACAAACCCUCGUUUUAAAGAGGCAUUGAUGCUGUUUAAGUCUGUGUAUAGAGGAUGCUUAGAUUUCUGGAGAAACUUGCACUUGAAUAAUACACAAUAAAAGCAAAAGAAAAGUAA